AUGAGCUACAUCCUUAACCUCCCAUUGGAAUUGAAGCCAGUGAAAUUGUCGGGGCGGGGAGGCAUCUAUCUGAAAGGACUGAAGUAUAAAUUAAUCUUUUCCUUCUUCUCUUCACUCAUAUUUUCCACGGUUUCCUUCACCAUCUUUACUCCUCAUCCACAUCAUUUCCCCCCCUUCUCUUUCUUUAUUUCUUUUACCUCCAAUUUUCUCGUUUCCUUCGUCAUCGCCUUUCUCUUUCACUCUCUCCUCCUCCUCUUUCUUCUUCCCCUCUUUCUUUUUCAUCUUCCAUCUCCUUCACUUCCACUUUCCGCGUUUUCUCUUUUAUCGCUUUCUCCUGCACUUUUCUCCGUCUUCGGCUUUGUCUUUCGUCCUCUUACAUUUUACUGUCGUAUACCGUCUUUGCGUUUUCCUUUCCUUUCUUUGUUAUUCUUCCAUCUUGUUAUUUUCCUCCUGCUACUACUCUUUCUCAGCUUUUCUCGUCUCCUCUUCCUUCCUCGUCUUCGUCUCCUCCUCCUCUUUCUCCUCCUCCUUCUACUUUAUCAACUCUUCCUUUCGUUCAUAAUAACCGUCUGUUUCUCUUCAUUUUUUCUUUUAUCUACCUUCAUGCUUUUUUGCAGAAAAGUAUAA